CUGAGCUCUCUGGGCUUUUUCUGUCUUUUAUCUUCAUAAAGGACUCCAGUAACAGAUUAAGAUCCACCUCGAAUGGGCUGGGUCACAUCUCAGUUGAAAUAACCCAACCAAAUGUCCCACCAACAACAGGCCUGCACCCACAGGAAUGGAUUAAAAGAAUAUGGCAUUUUUGGGGGUAUAUAACAGCUACAAAACCAGCACAGGUACCAUCCAGUAUUGAUAAUCCAUGGAUUCCUGAGUACUUGUUGGCAGAUCCUUGGUCAGAGGCUUUCAGAGAGGCUUGGAAUUUCCCAACGCCUGUUUGGAGACCAAAUUAGUUAUAAAAUGAGAGUGACUGGCUCGUUUUACUUCUAGGAUAAAUUAAAGUGUGUGAGAUCAUUGUAAAACAUGGAUUUGUUAGAGUUUGUGGUAGACUCCCUUUAUUCGUCAUUCAUUAAGCAGACAAUUCAUUUGCAUUCUCUUGAGUGUGAGACAAAGGGGUUGGCCCAGGUAAACAAGGAAGCAGCACUGCGGAGUUCUUGACCUCACAGAUCCUGGGCUUGGGGAGGAAGGCAGUUGGCACCCAUGGCCAGGUAGGUGGGCUGUGAAGAGUCUAGGCUGAUAGGCUCAGAGCUGGGGAGGUGCACGGGGGUUUUGUGGGAACCCAGGAGGGGAUGGUGUAGAGAGAGUAUUCCAAAGGCUUUCUGGAGUCUUAAAGGACUAGGCUGAGUCUUAAAGGAGGUGGGCAGUUAGGCAAGUUCAGGAGCUUGCACAGGGCAGGGAGGUGUGUUCAGGCAGAACUGAUAGCAGGAAAAAGCCGGAAUGGCAGGUGACUGCAUGCUCUUGUCUUGUUCCUGCUAUUGAUCACAUGCUAUUGACCAAGACUGGGUGCUUGUUAGAAGUCAGUGAACAAAAAGGAGAGGAAAGCAACUGUAAGAAGCAGACCUUUCUUUCAUGACUUCUUUCUGCAGUUCAUGAGAGCAACAUUAGAACUUUUCCAUAACACACAUUAGAGAGGUGAGAAAAGCUGGCAUCUGUGGCAAUGGACUUGGUUGACAAAGCCAAGUCUAGAAGAGUAGGUAGCAUGACACAUCUUUGAAGGUGGGCUCUGAAGAGCUACUUGGAGACCGGGGUGAGCUUGGUGUUUCAUGUGGGGAACCCCCAGGCAGGAGCUCUCAGAGCUGGUCAGAGCCCCACCUUUUUGGCCGUUAUCCUUAAGGUGGUGGAGCAAAGAAGCAUUUAGUACUUACACUGUUGCAAUUGUAUUUGUUCUUUAAAUGAUUAUCCAGCCUUUCUGAAUUCUUUUGAGGACAGGAAUUUCCCUUACCACAUUUGCUCCAUUCCAGUAAUGCUUUCCAACCCUGAACCAAGUCUGCCUCCCUGUAGGAUGUGCUCAUCGUCUUGCCCCAACCUCUGGAGCUUCACAGAAGUCCUCCCAGCAUCUCUACUGCUUAAGUUGUAGCUCUCAUUACAGUUUACAAAAUGCCGUCAUAACAUCUCAGUUAAUCCUUGAAUUGCCCUGUGUGGGUAGAUUUCCCUAAUUCAUGCUUUACAGAUGAAGAAACAGAAGUUCAUAGAGGUCCAAGUGAUUAAACUAGGACCUCUAUGUAAGUCACAGAGCUGGGACUCAGACUUGGUUCUCUUACUGUGGAGCUGCAGUGCAGACCCACUCAUUCUUUCCCGAUAUGCUAAAUGAAGCCCUCUCAGUACACCCCCUUAUUCAUGGAUUCAUUCGUAGAUUUACCAGGGAUGUACUACAAUUGUAGCACUUUUGGACUGCCAGGCACCCUUCCUGGGUCUGGGGCUCCACCAGUGAGCAGGCCUAGAGGUGUGAGUGAUCGCGAGAUGCACACAACGUGCCCUCCAGGUUCCCUCUUAACCAGCCGGUGUGGACGGGCCUGUGCACUCAUCUGCACGCACACUCCAAAGCGCCCUUCCCUUCCGUCCUUGCCUCCUUUUGUCUCCCCUCUGCACCCUGCCUUUGAUUCUCACGUGGCUCCCCCUCUCCUUGUGGUUUUCUUGCCUCUGCUGCAUGAUCUGCUUGUUCUCAGGCUAUCCGUCUUCUCUUUUGGCUCUUGGAGCCACAGCCUGUUUGCAGGCACCAGCCCCAAGGGCAAUGAUGGACCCCUGUGGUUAGGGGAGAGGGGCUGAGAGGCUACAGAGUGCAAGCAGGGGGCUGGCAGGGAAUGAGGGCUCAAGGACCUUCCCGUUAGCAGGCCGGGUGCAGCUGUCUUCUGUGCGGGACGUCUCAGGAGAGCUGGGAACUGGCCAUUCUGCGGCUCCCAUCUCCGGGGUCGACUGCCUGUGUUCCUGGCUUGGAAACAGAGACUUGGUCCUUACCAGAAGUCUCUGGCCUGCUGAGAGCAUGAUAUGCUUGUUUUCCUAAAUUCCUGCCAUGAGAUUUUGUUCCUUAUUCCAAAAGAAAAAGAAGAGAGCUGAAUAUUGUCCCCAAAGGGGGAGGUUCCCAGUGAGAGGAAGUCCGAGUGCAGGGUUAACAGAAGAUAAUGUUGGCUACACAGGCUUAUGAGUUUUCUUUCAAUGGCUUAUGUCUACACACACUUCCCUGGGAGACCAGAGAGGCCAGCCCCUGUGCUCGAUCUUGGGAUUACUUUUCUGUUUCAGAUGCUGGAACUUUUAUAUAUAAAGUGUCCUCCACCUGUUUCGUGUUUUGCAGUCUGCAGAGGAUGUUUACAAGUGGGAUCUCAGGACAGCCCUUUCUUCUCCUUGGACCUCAAGUCCCAUCACAGGCCCCAGAUGGCUUCUCCCUUCCGGUCAUACAGACCCCAGGGCCUUGAAACCUGCUUUGUUCUUCUGUGGUUGUCCCCCCUCCCCCCACCACUUUAUCCUCUGGGGUCACUCUUCCUCUAAAAAGACCCAGUUUCCUUAACUGCAUAUCCCUUCCUUGCUUGCCAUAAUAUAAACCCAUCAGCCCUCCUUCAUUGUAAAAAUUUAGCUGUUAAUUGCUACCAGAAUACUGGAAACUCACAGAAAUACCCAAUGUGGGGACCUAGGGCAUUUACCGAGUUGUUGCAGUCAUGUCAUGGUCCCUGGUCUGUGUUCUUGCUUCCACUUUGAGACUGUGAGCAAGAGUCCUCUGUGGACUUCUGGUCAACCUCUUCCCCAUCUCUGGGUUCAGUAGAGACCAGUUUAGAUGCCGUCUUGUUUCAUGCAGACAAUUUUAUCUCUGACCCUUCAGCCUCCACCUGCACCUGCAUAGGAAGGAUCCCCUGCUGACAUUUCCUCCACAAGCAACGUCCCCAGUCAGCUGGCUUUGGGCUCCCUGAUCCCAUGUUCCUUGCAGCUCUCCAUGCCGUUGUCUCUCCCCAACUCCCUGGCAUGGGAGGUGCAUACUGAAAAGAGGGUGUACUGGGUCAGGUCUCCAGGCCUGCCUGCCACGUUCCAGGGGCACUUUCUGACCAGGGCUUUCCGUGUAUCCAUUUGGGCUCCACGUAGUCCCUUCGAAACACUGACAGAGCCUACUAGCCCCAGGAGCUGCUUGGCUCUCAACACAAAUUUCAUUUUGCAGCUCUGCAAGGGAAACACAAUCAGCCCAUCAGGAAUGGGCAGUUCCCCUACCAUGAAAGACUUAGUCUCAUGUGAUCUGAAGGGCUUGAAACGAACUCAUCCACAGAUACAGAAGUGCCAGGUCAGAAAGCAUCCUGUGGCUGGUGACGCUCGGGAGGAAAUCUGGUUCUGUGAACCCAGAGCCCCCAUCUGCAGCUCGUGGCAGUGGAGGCACAAGCGCUGAGCAUUACUCUCUGAGGGGACUGUUAAGUGGUAGCAGAGAUGCCAGUUCAAGAUUCCAGAAGGGUGGCAGAGCUGGCCCUUGGCACAGUCACAGAGUUUUCUCACAAGACAACUUUUUUUAAAUGCCUGAAGGGUUUCCAUCAUAAUCUGAGAAGACCCUCUGAUAAAGCCCUUUCUUUCCCUCUGUGUUUCUCAGUGGCGCCAGUCUCUGGAAUUGUUAACUAUCGAUUCACUGUUAGGAUGGGCAAAACAAAACCAGUUUAAUCUGCUUUUUAAAAUGACGACUACAUAGAAGUAAGAGCUGCACUAUUGGGAUGGUUCUUCGACUCUGGAGUGACACAAAAAUCCACCUUGAUGGAGAUGGUGGAUUCAGCGUGAGCACAGCGGGGAGGAUGCACAUCUUCAAGCCUGUAUCUGUCCAGGCCAUGUGGUCUGCGCUGCAGGUCCUUCACAAGGCCUGCGAAGUGGCCCGGAGGCACAACUACUUCCCCGGGGGCGUGGCUCUCAUCUGGGCCACCUACUACGAGAGCUGCAUCAGCUCUGAGCAGAGCUGCAUCAACGAGUGGAACGCCAUGCAGGACCUGGAGUCCACACGGCCCGACUCGCCUGCGCUGUAUGUCGACAAGCCCACCGAAGGGGAGAGGACCGAACGUCUCAUCAAAGCCAAACUCCGAAGCAUCAUGAUGAGUCAGGAUCUAGAAAAUGUGACCUCCAAAGAAAUACGCAACGAAUUAGAGAAGCAGAUGAACUGUAACUUGAAAGAAUUCAAGGAAUUCAUAGACAACGAGAUGCUCCUUAUCUUGGGACAAAUGGACAAGCCCUCCCUUAUCUUCGAUCAUCUUUAUCUCGGCUCUGAAUGGAAUGCAUCCAAUCUGGAGGAACUGCAGGGCUCAGGUGUUGACUACAUUUUAAAUGUAACUAGAGAAAUAGAUAAUUUUUUUCCGGGCUUAUUUGCAUAUCAUAACAUCAGAGUCUACGACGAAGAGACGACAGACCUCCUGGCCCACUGGAAUGAAGCUUACCACUUUAUAAACAAGGCGAAGAGGAAUCAUUCCAAGUGCCUGGUGCAUUGCAAAAUGGGUGUCAGUCGAUCCGCAUCCACUGUCAUAGCUUAUGCGAUGAAGGAGUUUGGCUGGCCCCUGGAGAAGGCCUAUAACUACGUGAAGCAAAAGCGCAGCAUCACGCGCCCCAACGCGGGGUUUAUGAGGCAGCUGUCUGAGUAUGAAGGCAUCUUGGACGCAAGCAAACAACGGCACAACAGGCUGUGGCGCCAGCAGACAGACAGCAGCCUCCCGCAGGCUGCAGAUGACCCCACAGGGCCCGGGGACUUCUUGCCGGAGAGCCUGGAUGGCACCCUGGAUGCCCAGCUCCCCGGGCCGGACGCCACCACCCACCCCGGGUUCCCAGGCAGCAGGGCCCCAGAAGGGCCCGCCUCUCCCUGCUGCUUCCAGCCUCUCCCAGACCCCCUCCUGCCUUCCCCCGACGACGAGGACACUGGCAGCUUGGUCCAGCUCGAGGACCUCGAAAGGGUUGCUCUCUUGGUGGAAGCCACCCAGCCAGCAGAGGCGCCCGUGCCAGCCAGGCAUCCCCAGGAAGGUUCUGGACUCCGUGAGAAGGAAGUGAAGAAGAGACCUGAGUUUGGGAUCCCGAAAGCCCCCAGCAGCUCCUUGCCCCCGGUGGAGGAGAUGGAAAGGGAGGAGGGCCCGGGAGCAGGGAGAUGGGGGCGGCCCUCAGCCCAGCUCGACAAAAACCUGCUCAACCGGGAAAACCUGAAUAACAACAACAGCAAGAGGAGCUGUCCCGACGACUUCGAGCAUGAUGCUAUUUUUGGGAUCCUUAACAAAGUGAAGCCUUCCUACAAAUCCUGUGCCGACUGCAUGUACCCUAUGACCAGCGGGGCUCCUGAGGCCUUCGGGGAGCAGAGUGAGACCCCGAGCGUGCCCGCUAUCUGCACCCAGCCAGCCUUCCUGCCCCACCUCACAACCUCCCCCAUGGCCCACACGUCCAGCAGGUCCCGAGCUUUGGAGAAGCUGGCCUCUGGCCCAACCGAAGCUCCCCAGUUUCUACCACCAGCAGGCUCCAGGAGGCCAGACACCAGUAGCUCUGUCCCUGGCUCUGGCUCUGGAUCUGGGAUUGCCUCAGAGCCACCAGCUAGCCUUCUGGAACCUUCCAGAGAGCCCCAAAAAGUCCUGCCAAAGCCCCUCCUUUUGAAGAAUUCUCACUGUGAUAAGAGCCCUCCCAGCAUGGAAGUAGUGAAAGAAGAGGUGCUCGCCAAGAAAGACUCGAAGCCAGCUAAGGACCUGCGGCUUCUGUUCACUAAAGAAUCCGAGAAACCCACACCCAACAGCUACUUGAUGCAGCACCAGGAAUCCAUCAUCCAGCUGCAAAAGGCAGGCUUGGUUCGCAAGCACACCAAAGAGCUAGAAAGAUUAAAGAGCAGGCCGGCAGAUGCGGCAUCGCCCUUCAGAGACGGCAUCACCAGCAGGCUAGAGGCCAGCAUACCCGAAGAAAACCAGGGUCUGGUCCCCUUCCAUCCGUGGGGGGCCCCUCCAGGUUUGCCCAGCCAAGCAGGGAUUGAUGAGAAAUCAGAGGCUGCCCCCGCUCCAUCAGAAGGCACCUCUCUCAAGAGCCCCAGUCCCUUCCUCUGCCGCCUGGAUCACACCAGUAAUUUCUCAAAAGAUUUCCUGAAGACCAUCUGCUACACUCCCACCUCAUCCUCCAUGAGCUCCAACCUCACCCGGAGCUCCAGCAGCGACAGCAUCCACAGCGUCCGAGGGAAGCCAGGCCUGGUAAAGCAGCGGACCCAGGAGAUCGAGACUCGGCUCCGGCUGGCGGGCCUCACCGUCUCCUCCCCGCUGAAGCGCUCACACUCCCUGGCCAAGCUCGGAAGUCUCAACUUCUCGACAGAAGACCUGUCCGUUGAGGUUGACCCGUCCACCAUCGCCGACCCCCAGGACGCCAAGCUAAGCGAGGCUUCCUUCCUGCACGAGGCCCGCUCAACACCAAGGAACCCCAUCGCAACCUCUAAACUGUCAGGGAAACCCACCCCAGGAAACUUGAAAAGCCCCUCAGGGGCGAGCAAAAGCUGACCCGCUUUUUACCAUGUCUGGACUUCGAUUUUCAUAUGGGCCUACCCUUCGUUUCGCUGUGGAUUUCGGCCAGCCCCUCAUAUCUUGCCUUCUCUUAAACAGUCGUGAUACAGAGGAGGAGAAACGACAAAAAUAACAAACACGCAGCACAAAAAUUGAAAGGGGAGAUUGCGGUUGGGUGGUGUGGGACUGCCGGAGGCUCGGGCGGUAGACGUAGAACUCUUAACUCUCAAGUCGUGUUUCUCCGAGAAGAAUUGUGUCUGAAGGAGAGUGUGUACAGAGACGCACACACAUCACAAAUCUUAACAUUUGCAAAAUGAAAAAUAAGAGUUGCAGUGAUGACAUCACCAACGUGGCACACGUCCUAGCUCAUUCAGGCCCUUUUGGGAAAACUCUUGGAUGGCCACAUCAGUCCUACCUCUGUUCUUGCCGUGCUUUUUAUUUUGAAAACACAAUAAUGACCAAGGCUUGUUCCAGGGAAUAAUGCUGUGUCAGGGUCCCCCCCCCCCCAAAAAAAACAAUUUUUUGGUUGGGACCCCAAAAAAGGGUUUAGACUUGGCCGCACCAAGCCCUGCUUAGGUGAAGCCAGAUGAAAGCACUGGGCACUGUGGUUGAGCUAACUGCCACGUGGCAGUCGGCGGUCCUGGUUUUAUUGUUUUGCAGCUGGGUGGUACGUGUUUGGCGGGCACUGGGGUAAGGUGGGGGAAACAUGUAUGCGAUGUUCUCGGUUGUUGCUAAGGGUGAAGUUUAAAUUGCCCCAGUAUGGGGGAAGGACCCACAAAGCGUUAUUGAGCCUCAUCUGCUACUGAACCGAGCAAGGCUGGGGUUGGGUCUCGGAAGCAUUGGCGUGUGGCAGGGCGUCCUGCAGUAGCCCUGGCACUCAGAUGCACUAAGCCCUCCUAUUUACAUUUGGGGGCGGAAAGGGAGAUUUCAGCAGUAAGAAACCAUCAGCCCCUCUGCAGGAGCAACUUGGCGGCAGCUUCUCCGAGAGAAAUGAGACCUUUGAAAAGUUUCACAGAUGUUUACAGUUUCCCCUUCCUGAAGUGCAAACACUGCUUCCCGUUUCUCUGAUUCUUCCUAGCGGCUGUGCUGGAGUAAAGGAGGGAUCUGGGGCCGAGCCUCGGCUCUGGGUGUAGCUUCCAUAAGAACCAAGUGAGCUUGGCAAGUCACGCUGCCAUGCACCCUAGACUUGAAUUGAGGGACGUAUCUGGUGUCAGUCACCCAGACACAAUGUCAAGAUAUUCUUGAGAGAGAAAAAGCUUGGUAGACAGGCAGAAAGGUUUAAUUUGGGGGUCGUCAGACUAUAGCAUGCGGCUCCAUGAGCUAAGAAUGGUUUUUACAUUUUUAAGAGAUUGUAAAAUAAAUACAUAAAAUUAAUAUGCACCAGAGGCUACAGGUAAUCUGCAAAGCUGAAGAUAUUUACUGUCUGGCCCUUUCAAAUAAAGUUUGCCGAACCCUGGGUUUUGACAACACAGGGCUGGCUACCUGUAGCCCUCCAGGAAGGAACUGGGCAAAUUUGAAGAUCCCCUGUGCCUCUGAGACACCUCAGGCCAAACCCCUCCCUCUUGCCCACCCAGGGCGUGCCAGCCCACCCCCAGCCUGUCUUGUGCGGAUGAACUAGCUGUAUCUGUGAAGGCAAACUGCUGGCUGAAGCUUGUCCACAAUUACAUCUUGCCCUCAGCUGGGUCAGUCAGAUUAUUUCAGUGAAACCAGAAAGCCUUCCAGGGCCAGUCAGAUCCUGAGAGAGGGUGAAUGAGCUGUCAUUGCAUGAUGGUCUGAACUGAACCCCCAAAUGCAGCCAGUCUGUGGAGCACCCCAGCAGGGUCUCUGGAACAAGCUUAGUUCACAUUUCAACUAGUGGGUAGAGGUUUUGCAAAAAAAAAAAAAAAAAAAAAAAAACAACACA